AUCGCGCUGUCACGUUUCGUGUGUGCGUUUCGGAACGACGGUCACAUUUCGGGUCAUAUGACCGACGUUACGCGAGAAUUGACGUGCCGUCAUAGGCGUUGACUUUACUUCUCUUGAACGUGAUUCUCGAUCGUGUAGCUGUCGACGAAUUUCUUUUAACGACUCUUCGAGGAGAAAACACAUCGAUUCACCAUGGCACUCAGCGACGCGGAUGUUCAGAAGCAGAUCAAGCAUAUGAUGGCUUUCAUAGAACAAGAAGCCAAUGAAAAGGCAGAAGAAAUAGAUGCCAAAGCAGAAGAAGAAUUUAAUAUUGAGAAGGGACGUCUGGUGCAACAGCAGCGUCUUAAGAUCAUGGAAUAUUAUGAGAAAAAAGAAAAACAAGUUGAACUUCAAAAAAAGAUACAAUCUUCAAACAUGCUCAACCAAGCCCGAUUGAAAGCUCUAAAAGUGCGUGAAGAUCAUGUAGGCAAUGUUCUUGACGAUGCUAGAAAGAGAUUAGGCGAAAUAACUCAUAACACUGCGCAAUAUAGGGAAAUUCUUCAGAUGUUAAUCAUCCAAGGCCUUUAUCAACUAACAGAAUUAAACGUUACCCUUCGUGUUCGUCAAGUCGACAUACCUCUCGUGGAAUCUCUUUUUGACACUGUUCAGCAAGAGUAUAAGGAGAAGACUAAGAAGGAUGUUAUCUUGAAAAUUGAUACCGAUAAUUUCUUACCCAAUCAAGGCUGUGGAGGUGUAGAGUUAUUAGCAUCCAGAGGACGCAUAAAGAUUAGCAAUACUCUGGAAAGCAGAUUGGAGCUGAUAGCGCAACAGUUGGUACCCGAAAUCCGUUCCGCUCUGUUCGGUUCCAAUCCUAAUCGUAAAUUUAACGAUUAAAUUAUUUCCUUCGACAGUUACUUGAAACUCUCCAAAACAUUCCCAUUUAACAGCAGAUUGUUAUCACAUUAUCAAAUAUUGUGUAGAAUAAAAUUAGUACAAUAUCUCUAACGAAAUUCUUUGUUUGAUAUUUUCGAUGAAAGUAUUUAAUGGAUUAAUGUGCAAUAUUUAUCAUUGUAAUAGUCGUAAACUGUACAUUACUCUUCGAAGACGACCUUUUCUUUUUUCAUCUUACCUAUUCUUUACUCUAACAGGUAAUCGUGAAACGCGUAAAAUGUGUAUAGCGAUAUAUCAAAUAUUUCAUUGUUAAGAUAUAUCAAUUAUUAAAAUUACCUGUUAAAAAUUGGUGUUCAUAAAUAAAACAAAGUGUACUUUGUCAGUUUUCAGUCGGUUAGGAAUGUUAACGCGAGCGAGAUAUAUAUUAAUGGUAAUAAUCGAUGUUUCUGGCUGCUUAUGUUAAAAUGAAUAGCGAUUGCAAGAAGAAUGUAAUACAGUCGGUAUAUUAUGCAGUAUCAUACAAUAUAUAGAAUGUGCUUUAUAUGUAUAUAAAUAUGAUACACAUUUAUAUACAUAUAGAACAUAUCAGUAUGUUAUCAUGUACAUUAUGUAUAAAUAUAAUAAUGUAUUAAUUAUGAGUAAAUUAUUCACUGUUAAUGUAUUAGAGUACCUUUGAAGAGUAGUUCUACAAGAGUAUAAUGUGACGCAACAUCGUAUUGGUAUGUAUUUUAAGCUUAUGGCAUAUAGCAAAUAAUUAUACAUAAAUAUAUGUGUAUAUAAUUAUUCAAUAUUUUUGUUUGCU